CCCGGAAGUACCUCUGUCCACACGAGUCAAGUGGAAUCGUUGCAGAUACGAAGGCGCCCGGUGGAGACGAGCAGGAUACGACCUAAGAAAACAGUUUUUAUAAAUCAGCAACCAUGAGUCUGUUAACUAAACCCAAGUCAGAGAUGACACCAGAGGAGCUCCAGAAACGAGAGGAAGAGGAGUUCAACACUGGCCCCCUGUCGGUACUCACCCAGUCAGUCAAGAACAACACUCAGGUCCUCAUUAACUGUCGCAACAACAAGAAGCUGCUCGGAAGAGUCAAGGCUUUCGACAGGCACUGCAACAUGGUCUUGGAGAAUGUGAAGGAGAUGUGGACGGAGGUUCCCAAGAGCGGGAAGGGAAAGAAGAAGUCUAAGCCCGUCAAUAAAGACCGCUACAUUUCUAAAAUGUUCCUGAGGGGCGACUCUGUCAUCAUCGUGCUGAGAAAUCCUCUGAUCACAGGAAAAUGAACUCUCUCUAUCCGCCUAGCUGAACCGGUCUCAGAGCCUUUUUUCUUCUCUUUUUUGAUUUGUUUUGUUUUUUGUUGAAUGAUGAACAGAAACCUCUUUGUUUUGUUGUUUAUUUAGUUGUUGGACCAUUGCAGCCACUGUUUGGUAAAACUUUUUGGUGAGGCCAAGAAUACCUGGUUUUGCAUUCUCAGUGAAAGUAUUCUGUAUUUUUCAUUUUAAUAAAAAAAGUGAUGAGAUUUAA